GCUGAAGACUAGGAUGUUCUGGGUGACCGAGGCUAUGAUGAAUCAGUCGUUAACCAACCAUUAGCCUAUUUUCACUUUCAAUUUAUAAUGGGAAAACCCACACUCGUUUUCUAAAAUGAUAAUAGAAACCGCCCAGUCGUAUUCUAAGAAAAUGUUAGGCCUACUAUUGCUGCUACCAAUACGUCGAUUUGAAGAACAUCAAAUACUAGCUGACACAGAGGUUCCAAUCAACUACGGUAAGAAAGAUCUGGUAACAAUAUUGUCCCGCUAAACGAUGAACACACGGCAGGCCUAGAUCUUCAAACCGUUUCAAGAUAAGAUAAGAUUUUAAGAGAGCUUUUCCAAGAAACUAGCCUUUGUUGCUACCUUACUACGUCGAUUUGAAGAACAUCAAAUACUAGCUGACACAGGGGUUCCAAUCAACUACGCGAGGCGAUUCCAACAACAUAAUGGAUUCUCAAGGCAACUAUUUACAGGAAAUUUACCAACUGCAUAAAGCUGAAUAUCCUUGGCGACCAGGUAGAAUCUUUGAAACAGCUAAAAGUGAGGAGCUUGAUGAAACUGAAGCCAGAACACAGGGAAUCUAUAAACGUGUGAAAAGUAUUUUGAAUAAAUUAACUCCCCAGAAAUUCAAGACUUUAUUAAAACAAGUUCAGGAUUUAAAUAUCGACACAGAAACAAGAUUAAAAGGUGUCACAGAUUUAAUAUAUGAACAGGCUGUGAGUGAACCAAUGUAUAGUGUAACAUAUGCUAAUAUGUGUAGAUAUCUUAUGCAGUUGAAGGUUCCAUCUGAUAGCAAACCAGGUGAGAAAAUAAAUUUCCGGGUUAUUUUAUUAACUAAAUGUCAGAGAGAAUUUGAGAAAGAUAAAGAUGCAGAUUUAAAAGCACGACAGAAGAAAAUAGAUGAAGCUGUUUCAGAAGAUGUCAAGAAACAAUUACAAGAAGAAAUGGAGAUUGCUGCAACGACAGCCAGGAGAAGAUCUAUAAGAAAUAUCAGAUUUAUAGGAGAAUUAUUUAAAUUAAAAAUGUUAACGGAGAAUAUUAUGCAUGAUUGUGUAUUUAAAUUAUUACGGUCGAGAGAUGAAGAGAAUUUAGAAUGUUUAUGUAGAUUAUUAACCACAAUAGGAAAAGAAUUGGAUAAAGAAAAGGCUAAGCCUCGAGUAGAUCAGUACUUUCAGAAAAUGCAGAAAAUCGUUGGAGAGAAGAAAACAUCGUCAAGAGUACGAUUUAUGUUACAGGAUGUUAUAGAUUUACGAUUGUGUAACUGGGUGCCAAGAAGAGAAGAUAAUAAUCCUAAAACUAUCGAUCAGAUCCAUAAAGAAGCUGCUAAAGAAAACGCACAGAGAACUUAUAUGCUAUCCCAGAAUCCACCUCAAAGUUCAAAUAAACAGAGCCGUGAUGGUGGACGAUCUCGUGGUGGAGGACCCCCAAAUAGAGGAGGACCACAACAGAAUAAUCAACGUAAUGAUGAUGGCUGGAAUACUGUCGCUUCUAAACCUCUCCGUAACAUAGAUCUGUCAAAAAUGAAAAUUACCAAGACUACAGUAGAUGAGAACAUCCAGGUGGGACCUGGAGGAGGUUCAUCUCGAUUUGGUGUUUGGGGUCGAGGAAGUAAUAAUGGUGAUCAUAUAAAUUCGUCGUCUCAAGAAGGCGAUUCACCGGCUAAAGCUCCUGCUAAUAGCUGUAGGUUUACUGGAUUUCGUACUGAAGAGGAAGGUGGUAGACCAUUUGGUCGUGGAAUCAGUCCUGCUCGUACUGGAUUACGUACUGAAGAGGAAGGCGGUAGACCAUUUGGUCGUGGAAUCAGUCCUGCUCGUACUGGAUUACAUACUGAAGAGGAAGGCGGUAGACCAUUUGGUCGUGGAAUCAGUCCUGCUCGUACUGGAUUACAUACUGAAGAGGAAGGCGGUAGACCAUUUGGUCGUGGAAUCAGUUCUGCUCGUACUGGAUUACGUACUGAAGAGAAAGGUGGUAGACCAUUUGGUCGUGGAAUCAGUCCUGCUCGUACUGGAUUACGUACUGAAGAGGAAGGUGGUAGACCAUUUGGUCGUGGAAUCAGUCCUGCUCGUACUGGAUUACAUACUGAAGAGGAAGGUGGUAGACCAUUUGGUCGUGGAAUCAGUCCUGCUCGUAGCGAUAGCAGAAAUCAUGGACAGGAUGGAGGAUUUGGUCGAGGUCGUUUAACGCCACGAUCUUCAAUGGAGGGAGAAAGAGACAGAGCUAUAGCUCAAGUCAGGAAUCUAACUGGAAGGACGACGCCCUCAUCUUCUAAUCCUGCCAGUAGAGAAAGAAGCCGAUCCCGAGAACCAAGAAUGGAUAAACCAGAAGCUGCUCCGGUUCCUGGUAUUUUAUCAGAAGAUGAAAUGGAAAAGAAAACAAAAACAAUAAUUGAUGAAUAUCUUCAUAUUAAUGAUCUCAAGGAAGCUUUAAUGUGUGUUUCCGAGAUCAGCAAUCCAGCAACUGUCCAUUUAUUUAUAGAAUUCUCUAUUAAUCAUGUGUUAGAAAGAUCGUCUAAAGCACGUCAACAAACCGGACAUCUUCAUCAUGAUUUAGUUAGCAAAAAAAUAAUCUCGGUUGAUUCCUACCUUAAAGGAUUGAAUCAAACGUUACAAAUAGCAGAAGAUAUGGAGAUUGAUAUUCCAAAGAUUUGGCAGUAUUUAGGGGAAUUGAUCGGUCCUAUGAUCCAAGAUGGAAGUGUACCAUUAAAUUUCCUGAAACAAGCGUGUGAACCUUUACAAGCCAGUGGCAAGUCUGGAGUGGUUGUGGCGGCUGUUCUGCAUGACGCUAGUCAACGAUUGGGACACAAGAAAGUUGCGUCUUUAUGGAAGAGUUCUGCAUUAGAAUGGACUGAUUUUGUGUCUGCUAAAAAUGUUACCGAAUUUUUGGCUGAUGAAAAGUUAGAAUUUACAGUUGCGGCCGAUUCUCAGCCUUCCACUCCUGUGGAUAAAGUGUCGUUUGAAACUAUUCAAGAACAAUUAUUAGUUCGUUUACGUGAUGUGAAUUUUGAUAAUGAACAUAUGUUUGAUUGGAUUGAGGCCAACAUCCCAGAUGAAUCUACGAAAAAUCCCAAGUUUAUUCGUACGUUGAUGACUGUCGUCUGUAAAAGUGCCGUAUCUGAAGGGCCAAAUUAUAAAGUGAAUGAAAAUGUUAUUAAACAACGUCAGUCGUUAUUAGUAAAAUAUUUAGAUAGUCAACAAGAAUUUGAAAUACAGGCAUUAUAUGCUCUACAAGCUUUUGUUAAAGAACUUCAACAUCCCGGAGGUGUGCUGAGAACAUUCUUUGAAACCUUGUACGAUGAGGAUAUUAUAUCUGAAGAUGCCUUUAAUCAAUGGUCUAAUAGUAACGACCCCGCGGAACAGGAAGGAAAAGGAGUUGCCAUGAAACAAGUUGUUCAUUUCUUUGCCUGGCUAAAGGAAGGCGAACAGGAUGAAAGCUGAGAACUUCCACUUUAAAAUUUUGAUUGUUGAACAAUUUUGAUAAUGCACUUAAUUUUUGCAAACCAAUUUUUUUAAAUUUGUUUUCAUACGCCCACUUUUAAAUUGAACAUCUUGUGUGUGACAAGAAGUAAGGUCAUGAGUCCACAUGA